UGCUUCUUCUAAAACUCUUCCUUCCAAUCAGAACAAAACCCUGUUACAGCCUUUUCCCGCCGCCGUCAUAUUCCGGCGGACAAUUGUAGCUUUAUUUAGGAGGCAGGAAAAUGGGCAAGUCUACGAAAAGAUCGAGGGAAGUAGUGGAGAGUGAAAGCAACUCUGAAUUUGAGAAUGAUGAAAUAUUGAAUGCGAUGUCAGAUGAUGCUGAGAACUUUGAUGACGACAGCAACGACAACAAUGACUCUAGUGACAAUGAUGAUGACGAUGAUGUUGACCAUUUCGACAAUGAAGAUGAAAGUGGAGAACAAGAGGAAGAGGAAGAUGAGGAAGGAGAUCAAGAAGAAGAAGACGAAGAUGAGGAAGGAGAUCAAGGAGAAGAAGAAGAAGAAGGAGAAGAAGAGCGAGAGAAACUGAUGGAGGCCCAUAAAAUUGCUGAAAUGGAAGAACUUGAGAAAGAAAUUAUGGAACUUAGGCACAAGGAACAAGAUCUUUUGAAGAAUCUGACGCGACAUAAGGAUGAGGAUAUUCUCAAAGGUCAAGCAGUUAAAAACCAGAAGGCUCUCUGGGACAAGACACUUGAGCUAAGAUUCUUGCUGCAAAAGGCUUUCUCGAACUCCAAUAGACUUCCGCAGGAACCAAUUAGGUCUUCCUUUUGUGAUUCAGAGGACACAGUUAAAGAUGCAUAUACAGAUCUACUUGCAUCUUCCACAAAAACCUUGGAUUCUAUACUGGAAUUGCAAGAGGUACUACUGCAGAAGAAUCCAUCAAUUACUCAAUCAGUGGACGUUAAUUCUGCUAAAAGGUCGAAGCUUUUGGAAGAUUCUGUUAAGUCAAAUGGUGAAGUUGAUGAAGAUUGGCAGAAGAUUUCUCAAAUGCAUUCAAGGAUGGCUGCUUUUAGGGACAAAUCAAUAGAUAAAUGGCAGAGAAAGACCCAGGUGACCUCUGGUGCUGCCGCCAUCAAAGGCAAAUUGCAAGCAUUUAAUCAGGAUAUUAGUCAACAAGUAGCUGGUUAUAUGAGGGAUCCUAGCAAAAUGAUAAAAGGCAUGCAGCAAAGUAGAUCGGCAGUUGCACUAUUUGGAACUGUUCUAGAUGCUUCUGGCAAUGGAGAGGGUACAAACAUGGAUGGUGAUCCGGAACUUCUGGAUGACUCUGAAUUCUAUCAGCACUUGCUGAAGGAGUUUUUUGAGGCAAUAGAUCCUGCAUCAUCCGAGACGGCAUUCUAUGCUCUGAAGAGACUGCAAACGAAGAAACGAAAAAUUGUUGAUCGCCGUGCUUCAAAGAGUCGUAAAAUCCGGUAUAAUAUUCAUGAAAAGAUUGUCAAUUUCAUGGCUCCUCAUCAGCCUGUAAAUCUUCCACCAAUGGCCUCCAAAUUGUUUGAGAAUUUGUUCUCAGGCGGCUCUACCCCGAGGCCACUUGCUUUAGGUUCCCAAAAUUGAAGUCUCCUAGAGUUAUUCCUAUUAGAUACGGAGUAUACGAUAUGUAAUUGUAAUAUUUAUUACUUUGUACUUAUAAUAUCAUAAGUAGAUCUUAACGUUAGUUUGUUAUUUGGGCCGAGUUAGUUAUAGACUAAAGAGGUAGAUAAUUGCAUCUGCAGUAACUUCAUUCUUUCUUGUUUUUGAUUGAAAACUGAAUCAAUUCCUUUUA